CUGUGACAGUUGCACAGUUGGGAGGUGGUUCUGUUGAAGAAUGAGUGAUUCAGAUAAGGAAGAUCUGUUCUAUGCCCCUGCAAAAGGCUUGUCAGCAGAUGCAGAAGCUCUGUCUGUCUUGGAAGGUCAAUAUGUACUCCAUCAGACCAUUGGUAGUGGGGGUUUUGCCAAAGUGAAGUUGGGAACCCAUAUCCUCACAGGAGAAAGAGUUGCCAUCAAGAUCAUGGACAAACAUCAACUUGGUCAUGAUCUCCCAAGGGCCUACUUGGAAGUUAGAGCAUUGAAAGUUUUGUGUCAUCAACACAUUUGCAAGCUGUAUCAGGUCAUUGAGACCACCAACAAAAUCAUUCUCAUUCUGGAAUACUGCCCUGGAGGAGAACUGUUUGACUACAUAGUAUCAAAGGAUCGCCUAGAUGAGGAAGAAGCAAGGUUUUUUUUUAGGCAAAUUGUAGCAGCUGUUGCAUACAUUCACAGUCAGGGAUUUGCACACAGGGACUUAAAGCCUGAGAACAUGUUAUUGGAUGAGGAGAAUCGUGUGAAGCUGAUUGAUUUUGGGCUGUGUGCUCAACCUGAGGGUGGCAUGAACUGUCCUUUGGAAACAUGCUGUGGGUCUCCAGCCUAUGCAGCACCUGAGUUGAUCAGAGGUUCAGUCUACCUUGGGGCUGAAGCAGAUGUCUGGAGUCUAGGUGUCCUUCUGUAUGCCCUGCUUUGUGGGUUUCUUCCCUUUGAUGAUGAUCAUAUUCCAUCCCUUUAUCAGAAGAUUCAAAUUGGCAUGUAUGAGAAACCUAAUUGGCUGUCCCCUGGUGCUGUAGCACUAAUUGACAGCAUGCUUCAGACUACCCCAAUCAGGCGCAUCACCGUGAGACAGCUGCUCCAUCACCCAUGGCUAAGGACAAAUCCAAGUGGGUUUCUUUUGGGCCCCAUCCAAUAUGAGAGUAAUUACCAGCUGAUUGUCCUUGAUGAGGAGGUUCUUGAAGAGAUGAGCCUUGUUCUUAGUAUGAGUCCCACUGCAGUAAAAGAGGAGAUUCUACACUGGAAAUAUGAUUAUGUUACUGCUCUCUACUUCAUGCUUAUGCAUCGCAAGAUACACCAUCGACCCCUCCACCUCCGCCCACAUUCAGAAUACAUUCAUACAGGGAUGAGAGGGGCAGAAUCACUGGAUGCCCUUGAUAUCCGGAAGUUGCAGAAGGAUGAGAAAGAGAACAAGUAUCCAUUCCUUCUACCAGUUACUCCAGCCAAGGCAAAGUCUCAGCAGACUGAACGAGAGUCAGGUGGAGUCCGAAUGUCCCCUGGAUUAUCCAUGGACAGCCGAUUAAAUGAGCUGAUGGAUGACCAGCUGACUAUGCCAACAAGGAUGGGAAAGGAAAUGAAGAAAAAGGGGACUGGAGUUCGCAUUGGAAGGAGCAUUGAGAAGGGAUUAGAUCGCAUGAAAAACAUGCUCACCCCAUCCAAGAAACAGUCCACCCCUUCUGGUCCAACUACUGUCAAGGCACUGCAAAAUGUUUCAACCACCAGCAGUUCUGAUCCAGACCAAAUCCUUCGCACACUGCUCCUAGGGUUGAUAGAAAAGGGGAUCUCCUGCAAGCAGCAUGGGUACAAAGUGAGGGGGAAAGCUGAUGGUGGAAGAAUGAGCUUUGAGCUGGAAGUGGUGCGUAUCCCUGGAUAUAAAGUGGUUGGUAUCAAGCGAAAGCGUCUCAAUGGAGAUGCCUGGUGCUACAAGAAAGUCUGUGAGCAAGUACUGGCUCUCACUGGCUCAAUUCAUGAUUCCUCCUAGAUUCCAUGUUCAACAUGCUGUGCUUGUACACAUCAUAUGAAUUUCUCCCAAGUGCUUUUCCAUGUUUAUUUUAUGAAGGCAGGGUUACCAGCAGGGAUACCAUAUAUCAGCCUUUUUUUUAUGAAUGGAAAGAUUUCAUCACGUAUAGUACUGACGUAAUAAAAAAAAGGGUUUUCAUGUCUUUUCAUCUUCA